AUGCUUCUCCUCUCUUCGGUCUUUAUCCGUAUUUUGGUUGUUGUCGGUGCAUUUGCUUCACCACUCAUCGACAACAGGGACAAAACUGAUGAUAACAACCCAAAUGCCAAUAUUUUUCCUCCCUUUGAAGAGUAUGAAGGCUGGGCCAUCUGCCAAGGUAAAAUAACCAAAGAUCGAUUCCCAAACUUACAAGCGCCAGAAAAAAAACUGAAGCACACUUUCAUGGUGAACCAAAAUAGUGGCAAACGUUCGUGUGCACUCUAUAGCUCACCAAACCUACCAACAGGCGUCACACUACAGUAUAACUUAGCCAAGAUUGGCGCCCUUGCCCCUCUUACGUUUCUUGAUGCUGCAAAUACCAAGCCGGACAUAUUUAGUGUCUCUGGUUUCAUAGUACAGGACCAAAACAAGGCGCAGUAUUGCUAG